AUGGGUCAACUUAUUCACGAUUCGUCGCUCUGCGAUAGAGCCAAGCGAUGCAUCGAUAAUAAGCCAGAUUGCUCAAGUUCUCAACAUGAUCGAAAGCGUGUUCGUUUGAGCAAUGAAAUUCAAGGACCACCUGUGGGCGGGUCUAUUAGUUCAACUGUUCCCAGACAAUAUACCCUCGUUGAAGCUGCCUCAAACCCAUCUCCCAGUGAUGGAUAUUUCCCUGUUCAAAGUGCUCCCAAUCGAGAUGUUGCAACAUACCAAAAUUUCAUCAACUAUACAUUUGUCCCUAUUCCAGAAUCUGCCCGUCAAGAUGCUGCUAACCAAGCUGUCCCAAACCGAAGUCGCAUCUAUACAUUUGUUCCAAUACAAAUUGUUUCCGAUGAAAAUGUCGCUAGUCCAACUGCCUCAGAUGCCUCUAGCCAGACUACCUUAGAACAAGCUAUCUCCAACUCUCGUCAAGCUACGACUGUUGAUCAAAUCAACCAAGCUGACACUGAUAAAGCCCUCGUCAAUGAAUUUGCCACUGUGCUAGCUAUAGCCAGUCAAAUUCCCCGCCAUCAAGCUGCCGCCAUUCAGAGACCUGUCAGAUUCACAGUCAAUCAGUCAAUGGCACCCUCCCCUGGGACUCUCUUUCUUCAGAUAAUGACAAUGGGUCGGGAGCGUGAAUUAUUAAGGCGGUGGGAACCUUCGGAUUAUGCUCAUAUCAGGAUAAAUGAGAUCUCUUUCACACUGGGAGAUGACUCAGAUAAUCAACCAAUAACCGCUAAUCAAACUGCUACUCGUUUGACCGAUCAAGCUUUCGCCGAUCAAGCUCUCGUCAAUCGAGUUAUCACAGAGUUAGCUGCCAUUCAUCCUCUUACCGGCACUCCCAAUCAAGUAACCGCGGGUUUCUUCGUGAUGCUCUACUCUCGAAUGUUCCACGCAGGUGGAAUUCGACGUGAAACGGUGAGACGUUGGAUUCAAUCAGGCAAUGCCCGUUUACCCGUAAAUAUAGAAGUUCCAAGAUUUGCGGUUGCAUCAGUUCAGAAUCCAAAUGGGGCAGAAAUCGCCGCACAACCGACGAUCCAACUAGAGCGACAGUCAAUACCAUUAUCUCAGCAAGAGCAUCUGAAUGAUUCCAACCUGCGCCACAAUCGGGAGGGACCUGUGGCCGUUGAACGAUUAUGGGACGAAGAUCAAGACUCUGACGCUGUAAUUUUGUUUCCUAACAACCCAUAUCUACGCAGUUUUACAAGUGAAGAAACGUAUACUCAAAUAUUAGGGAUGGAUGAUGCGUCUUCUGAUGAUGAACGCCGCAGAGAGAUGAGCAAUCGUGGACGAAGAAAUGCCAUUCAAUUUGGGAGGAGUCCAAUAUCUCCAGGCAACAACGCCACUAUUACUUAUUCUGGACCUCCAAAUGUUGAUACUUCAUAG